AUGUCCACACUUGGGGCCUUCCUGAUGCUCUGGGGUUUCUCACUGGGCCCAGCGACUGAGGCGGCAGUAGUAUUUGAUCCCAGGCCAGACCUGUGGGCAGAGGCCGAAUCGCUGCUGAAGCCCUGGGCCGGCUUGACGCUGGUGUGCCAGGCCCGCCUGAAGACCCUGAAUUUUGAGCUGCUCAAAGAUGGAGUAACCCAGGAACUUGUGCACCUCGACUUACCCACCAUGGAGCACCGGUUCCCGCUAGGAGCAGUGACGAGUGACACCCAGGGCCUCUACCGCUGCCGUUCUGGCUUGAAGAGCGGAUGGACCCAGUUGAGCAACCUCCUGGAGGUGACCGGAGCAGAGUCCCUAUCCCCACCUUUGCUCUCACCUGAGCCGGUGUCCUGGAUCACACGGGGUCUGAAGACAAAACUGGUGUGCCGUGGGGGAUUUCGUGGUGUGACCUUCCUGCUGAGGCGGGAAGGCGAUGAUCAGUUUUUGGAAGUGGCUGAGGCCCCGAAAGACAUAGAGACCACCUUCACAGUCCUGCACCCAGGCAACUACAGCUGCAGCUACAAGACCCACGAAGCAGGCACACCCUCUGAGCCCAGUGCCACUGUGACAGUUGAGGAGCUGGAAGCACCAUUGCCACCCACGCUGAGUUUCCAGGGACAGUCUGCAGCUGUCCUGCACAGGGGAGCCGGCGUGACCCUCCUCUGCGUGGCUCCCCUGAGCGGCGUGGAAUUCCAGCUGCGGCAGAGUGAGAAGGAGCUGCUGGUACCCAGGGGCUCCACCAGCCCAGACCGCGUCUUCUUUCAAGUGAACCCAGUGGCUCUCGGGAAUGGAGGUCUCUACACCUGCCGCUAUAGGCUGCAUGGCGAGCAAAUCUGGUCCCUGGACAGUGCGCCCGUGGAGCUGCUGCUGAGCGACGAGACGCUCCCAGCGCCAGAGCUCUCGGCCGAGCCCGCGAUGCUGCACCCCGCGCCCGGCGCCCUAGUGCAGCUGCGGUGCCGGGCGCCCCGGGCUGGCCUGCGCUUCGCCCUGAUGCGCGAGGAUGCCGAGCGCCGAGUGUACCGUAUUCUGAGCCCCGCGGGGACAGAGGCCACCUUCGAGCUGCGGGACGUCUCGGUGGUGGACUCUGCCAACUACAGCUGUGUCUACGUGGACACGGCUUCACCCUUCGAGGGCUCAGCGCCCAGCGCGCACCUGGAGCUGCGUGUAGACGGAACACCUCCCAGACCACAGCUCCGGCCUCUGUGGAGUGGGGCAGUGGUUCCAGGCCGUGAUGCCAUCCUGCGCUGCGAGGGCCAGUUGCCUGAGGUCACCUUCGAGCUGCUUCGGGCAGGCGAAGAGGAGCCUAUAGCCAGACUCUGGUCCAGCCACCCUUCAGCAGACCUUGUAGUGACCUAUGUGGGGCCGAAGCACGCGGGCAACUACAGCUGCCGCUACCGCUGGUGGUCGCCCAAACCCUUUGUGUCUAAGCUCAGUGACCCAGUGGAGCUCCAGGUGGCAGGAAGUUGAUCCAGUUGCAGAGUCACG